AGGAGUGAGUCACGACAAAUCCUACAUGCUGUUCAGAGUCGGGAGGAGAUCAUCUCCAGAAGUGAAAGAGUUCGCAGAAGCAGGGCGGUGGGAACCUCCACCUGGAGGAUUGGACCACUUCUCAGGCCCACCUGUGCCCUCCGGGCAAGGAAGAACGGAAGCCGUCUUCUUCGCCGACGGCAACCAUUCCAGGGUAUCUGUCAUGUCAAGAAUCAUUCCUUCACCUGACUGGUUUGUUGGUCUCGACUCUUUUCAGUUAUGCGUUGACGGGAACUGGUUGGAUACAAUAACAAUUGAGGUUGAUCCUUUGGAUGCUGGUACAGACAACGGUUUUACUUUCACUGCUCCAAAUUGGGCUACUGAACCUCAGGGAGUAAUUUAUAGGAUUACUAGUAGAUUUCCAGCUCACCCUGCUGGUUCUUUCUACUAUCCAUACAUUAAACAUUUGCCUCCAAUUGCUACUUUCCAAUUUAUUAAGAUGAGAGAAUAUGAAACAAGUGAAAUAUUCCAUCAUGGUGAAGAUGAUAAAAAGUAUGAAGUAGUGAGGUCUGAUCAGCAGAACAAAAUUAAUAUGAUGAAUGGAAAUGAAGACAUACAAGAGGAGAUAGAAGAGGAAACUAAAGAACAAGAAAGGCUAAUGCAAGAGAAAACGACAACUAUGAGUGACAAUUACAUAGUACCAGUUCCAACAGCAAAAGCACCACGUCCAUUAGGACCAGGCAUAAUAAGAAAAGGUGAUACAAAUGCCAUUCUGAAUAGUAUUGUAGAAACCUAUCAUGACCAAGAAGGAAGACUCUUUAAACCAACUUUUAAGAAGUCCAGAUUGGUUCGAGACUGUAAAGUUGGUGAAUGGGGAGAGUGGGGAGGAUGUUCUUCUUCUUGUGGUGUUGGCGAGAUGGUGAGGACGAGAGCUGUGUUGCGCCCUGCCCGCCGAGGUGGUACACCUUGUCCACCGCUUACACAAGCCAGGUGGUGUGGUUCACCGACUGCCAAUUGCACUCAAACCACUACCACCACCUGGUAGCCCUGGUGUCAGUGGAUUAUCAACAAUGCACCACUACCAUCAACAUCCUCUUGUAUAUAGACACCAUUGAUUUUUUAAAGAAAUAAAGAUCAGUUAAGGUAUUUUUUUCAAUAGGGUCAUUCCAAGUCAUUUAUAUCUUUGUGAAAAUAUAAUAAACUUUUACUUAUAUUGUUAUAUUUCCACUUAAUCUUUUAUAAUGAUAGCUAAAAUUAACAACUCUCCAUUGCAUGAUGCUAUUGAAUCAGUUUAUUCAACAUUUAACAAUUAUAAAUAACUAAAAUUUAAUUUUAAAAAGUUAAAAAACAAAAAUUAUCAUUUUUAAAGGAGAAAAUAAUACCAAGCUUUUCAACAAUUGAAUUUCCAUUUGCUUAGAGCUUAAUGGGUAAUGAAACCAUGUUUAUCAAUUUAGCUUUAAAUGGCUAUUUUUUCAAUGUUUUAGU